CCGGACCCCUGCAGAAGUGCAGAUUUGGCAUUGGAUUUCGCCGGACACGUAAAGAAACGAAAACUUCAUUUUAAAAAUGGGAGAGCAUAUAAAUAACUUUCCGCCCCUGCCCAAGUUUAUGAGAAUUAAAUCAUGCUUUUAUCAGAAUAUUGAAGAGGAAAUUCCUUCACCUCAUCAGCAGCUUGUGCGCCGAGUCUACACGCUUUGGAUGAUGUAUUCAGCCACUCUUUGCAUCAAUGUAAUUUCUUGUAUUGCUUGGUGGGCUGGUGGUGGAAGUGCCACGAACUUUGGCUUCUCUUUACUUUGGGUCCUUCUGUUCAGCCCGUGCAGUUAUACUUGUUGGUUCAGACCACUGUACAAAGCCUUCAGGGCAGAUAGCUCUUUCAACUUCAUGGCCUUCUUUUUCAUCUUCUUCCUUCAAUGUGUGUUGGCUCUUAUUCAGACUUUAGGCAUCUCUGGUUGGGGAACAUGCGGCUGGAUUGCAACAGUGAUGUUUUUCAGCUAUAAUGUGGGCUCUGCUAUUGUGAUGCUCAUCACCACACUGCUCUUCACGCUGGUGACUGCUUUAAUGGCACUGGUGCUCAUCAAGGUUCACCGGCUGUACCGUGGCGGGGGUGGGAGCAUGCAGCGCGCCCAGGAGGAGUGGGCCACAGGGAUGUGGAAGAGUGCCCCGGUGAGAGAAGCUGGCUUUAAUGCUGUGGCCCAAACGGCACAGGGCCCCACUCUGCCACAGUACCCUGCUGCUGUGCCCAGUUACCCUGACAACAGCCAGUGGUGAUAGCUCUGGGUAUCCUCUAGAGGGAGACAAACUGUUGGGGUGAGCCAAACAGCAUUUAAUGAGAGUCUUAAAAUGCCAAAUGAAUUUCUGACUGAAUAUAGUACAAAGUUUUUAUCAGAGUUUUGCAGAGUAUGCAAAAGGUUACAAGAUAUAUAUGCCAUUCCAUAUCUUAUUUGUUUACAUAUAAGUUAGUGAUGUGAAUUGAAGUGAAUACAUUGACAGUAAUGUACUUACAAAAAGACUUAAAGAAGACAUGUAAAGUCCACCAGACACUACAGGAUAAAUUGCCCGAAUUAUGACCGAUUUGCUUCUCCCCGACUUUGGGUAGGCGUGACUGAUUUGAGCGGAGUAACGGACACAGAAGCGCAAGAUACAUUCUCAGGAAAUGGCAAAAAUAAUUUAAAGACAACUUUAUUACUCACUUCUCUUGUUGUUUAAAUGCAGCAUUCUCAUCCAUGUUAUCCAUUAGAAUGUGUCCUCUACAAGUAAUGUUACCCUGUCCACAAAAUGGCCUUACUAAUCAAGUUUGAAACAUAGUUUGAGAAGUAAAAAAGCUAGAUUAGUUGUUCACGUGUGUCUGUGUACAUCCAAGCAGGAUCAGGGUGAAGCUACUGCAGAUCAGAGAUAGUGACUUCUUCCUGUGUCAUUUAUUGCCAGCCUUCUGUACAUUAAAAAACAUGUAUCUUCAUUUAUCAUUUAAGACUGAAAAAUUCUGUAGUGUGUGGCGGGCUUAACAGAGUAGUUUGAGUUAAGGGAUUUUUUGGGGGCUUGUGCCUUAUGAACAUUUUAUAUAGGAAAUACAAAUCUGGCAGACCUGCAUGCUGGACACUAUAGUACAAAUACAGAGUUUGACUUAAAAUCGGACUUAAAACUGCACGACAAUUAUCUUGUUUUUGUGUGUACAUUGCCAGGAGUUUAUUUUUGAUACCACGCUUAAUAUAGCUUUGCUUGAAAGCCUUAAUAUUGCAACUUUUGCAUGAGAUAAAUAUUAUUUGACUUAAGCUUUUUGUUGAAUUUAGCUAACCACAUGCUUCAAUGAAGCAAAGUGUUGAUGCAUUUUGGUGCCAUAACAUUUUGCAUUGCCUUCUGUAGGGGAGUGGGGAGUGACCCCUGCCUCAGUAUUUCUCAUGUGUGUGCUUCUGUGGUUGGUCAUGGCACUGUUUGUUUAGUGGUCAGGGCCUUGUAGUGAGCGCUCCUUAUCAGGGCUGCAGCCUCUUUCCACACUGCACUGAGUUGCAUGCGGCUGUGGGCGUGGGGCUGAACAAUUCAAUUCCCAGCCUUCUGUCAACACCAGACACACAAACAACUGGAUUUUUUGAAGGAUAACGAAUCUACUCACUGAUAAAGACCCUGUGACAAACUGAAUAUGAUUCUUCAAAUAACAUUUCUCUUUCUUGACUAACAACAGGCUUCAAAUGUUCUAUUUUAUUUUUUCACAGAGUUGGCCAUCAGCCAACAUGUUAAUAAAAUGAAUACAUUUUUUCUGGAAAUGUGCCUGCACCAAAACCAUUGUUAUGUGCCAUUUAUGGCAAACUACCUGGAUUUAAUACACCUUUGUGAAAAUAACAUGUUACAAUAAGUAAACAUUUCAAUAAAUAUUCUGAAUU